ACUUUAUUUACUUUCUUGAUCUCAGGAAGCUGAUGGCUGUUACAGGAAACAGUAACACAUAAAACUUUAUUUAACCUGCAUUGUUGUUUUUAUCAAUAGAUAAUGGGUUUUCUAUUUAUAUUUACAUAGGUUAGAACAUCUUCCUCAAUUGAAAAAUGUACUGCUGCUCAGUGAUUGUACUCUAGGAAAUUGAGACUAGAUCUCUCGGCAGCGGCCCUCACAUGCAAAGCCAUUACCCUGAAUGAACCGGCAGAAUUACAUUCCAUUUUGUGGUGCUCAUGCUCAUUAGCACCAAAAGAGGCAAUUAUUCGUGAUUAAAGCUAAAGGAAGUAUUAUUUGAAAGGAUUUUCAGCUCUCUAAAAUUUUGCCUAUAAUCUUGUACAGUACAAAGCAGGAAAGGUAUAUUUCCAUUUAGAAAAAUAAUUCUCUAGGCAGCAUAUCUUGGGCCUUGCUGGUAGAAAUAACUCUUACUUUGUUUUGUUAAUUUCCCUUUUCUAUUAUGGAAAUUAUGUCUGAGGUUUAUCACAUAUACACUCAUAUCUUCUGAGCCUCCUCAAUUAAAACCGGAAUAAUAUAUAAAAGUAUGCACACGGAUAAUGUUUUUAAAAAUUGGUAGUUUUUUUCCUUCUUGUUUAUAUUUUACUGGAUAUGUAAAUGUAGUGUUAGGGGUACAUUUGGAGAAUUGAUUCAAAAUAUCUAGAUAACACGAUGACCAGAUAUCCCAUAAUAGUCAUUUCUGGUCAUAUGUCACUAGGAACCAGGUCCUUCUUGAUUACCAGAUUGCAGUUUGUCUGAUUAUUAACUGAAAGGAGGGAAAUUUAGGACUUUGCACAAUCUUCAUUAGGUACAUCAGAUGCCAAAACCACAAUGUAAAUGUGCUCACAGAAAACCAUGAAGAAAUAUAGUGAAUCUAAAGCCAUAUUAUUAGGUAUUAAAAGAUUAAGGUCUGAUUAAAGUAUAAAAUAACUGAAUAGCAGUUUUGGACUGAUUUAUAUAAUUUAUUGACAUUGAAGAAUGUGAUUCUUUUAAAAGAAGAAUUUUGAUUAUUUUUCUAUUUUUAGAUAAUAUUUUUAGUUAUUAAUUCAUUACCCUAAUCUUAUCUAUACUUUCCUGACCUAGAUAUCCAUGAAACCAGUAAUCCCAAGGAGGGCCAUCUACCAAAUGCAGUGUACCAUUUUUAUUUUUAUGGAGUCCUAGCUGUAAUCAUUUCUAAGGGCAAAACCAUUUAUCUUGUUCUCUGGUUUUGUGUGGCUAACAUUCAUAAGUAGUUCAUAAAUGUAGUUUCUGGUAUGCAUAGCAGCCAUCCAGCCUUACAUUUGUGGUCAUAUCUGUAUACCUACAGAAUAAGGCAGUUCCUUAGCUCAGUAUUCAAGGUCUUCCAACGUCUAGUUCCAGCCUAUCGUUUAAGCUUUUUUAUCUGCUAAUCUCCUUUUUCUCAAAUAUUCUGAGCAUGAUCCUAUACCUCCGUUUUUGGUCUGUACAUUCCAUUCCUUGAAAUGAUCACCUCCUCCUUUCCUAGACUUUAUUAAAAAUCCUGCCCAUUGUUAAGAGCCAGCUGAAGAAUCUCUGCUUUUUGAUCCUACCUCCUGGAAUUUUAUGUCAUACCUUUAUUGGUUCCAUAUUCUAUAUGGCAUCACACUUACACUCUGUUCACCCUUUUGUGAUAAUUAUUGACAGAGGUGUCAGACUUCCAACUUCUCUGUAUCCAGUAGAACAGUUUCCUAUAUAAUAACAUGUGUUCGAUUAUAUAAAUUCAAUUUUAUUGAUAAAAAUUAAAUUUCAAAUUGAUGUGGUUGCUGUCCACAAUAAUUGUCUACCUAAAAUUAAAAAGGAAUUGGUACUUACUAGGUAAAAGUUUAAGCUCUAAAUUCAGUAGCAUCUUAUUUGUGCAGCAUAAUCUGCCACUAAGACCUUCUACGUAAGAGAACAAACAAUCCGGGUAACAGAUAUCAUCUUCAAAUGCUGUGUCUUUAUUUUAACCAUUUUAGCGGAAACUGUUAUUAGAAUCUAUUAGAAUCUAUCUUGUAUUUUUAAACUACAGAACACAUUAAAAUCUUUAAUGAGUGGCUCAGGGCCACACUGAUGAAUGCUGUCCACCAGGAUGUGACCAGGCAGUGAGGUGCUGAGGGUGUGGUUUUCAAUUUUCUCCUUCCUGUACACUUAGCAUUGUCCCUAUUGGAGUGAGUUAAAGAGUGUGGUGAAAGGUUUGAAUAAAGUUGGAAAGGGCUCUGUGAGCCCGCAGAGUAGCCAUCAUGAGCAAAGCUCACCCUCCUGAGUUGAAAAUAUUUAUGGACAAGAAGUUAUCACUGAAAUUAAAUGGUGGUAGACAUGUCCAAGGAAUAUUGCGGGGAUUUGAUCCCAUUAUGAAUCUUGUGAUAGAUGAAUGUGUGGAGAUGGCAACUAGCGGACAACAGAACAAUAUUGGAAUGGUGGUAAUACGAGGAAAUAGUAUCAUCAUGUUAGAAGCCUUGGAACGAGUAUAAAUAAUGGCUGUUCAGCGGAGAAACCAUGUCCUCUCUCCAUAGGGCCUGUUUUACUAUGAUGUAAAAAUUAGGUCGUGUACAUUUUCAUAUUAGACUUUUUUUUAAACUUUUGUAAUAGUUAAAAAAAAAAAGGUUGGAAAGGGAUUGGUGUUAUUCCCUCAGAGAAAGGGAGACUAGGGGAAGAAUUUUAUAGCACUCAAAGAAAAUGGGAACUGGUGUAAACCCAACAGAAAUUCAAUUUAAAACCAAAAGAAUUUCUUGGCUCUAAAAGUUUUAAGGAAGAUAGAGUAGGUUGCUGAAGAAAUUAAUAGCACCUUCUCUUGGAAGUUACUUAAAGUAAUGGUAGAUAAAUAUCUUUCCAGAAUGAUUGAAAUCCAGCCUUUUGCAGAAGGUAGGGAUGAGUCACAUGACCUCUCAUGAUCAUUUUUAAUCUCAUAAUUUGGAGCCCAAGAAAGAAAGCUAACUAGGGUUGCAGGUUUUCUAAAAUCCGCUAUGGUUUUUCAAAAGACUUUUAAUGGUUAAAUUUAUCUUAUUUCUAUUUUGUACAUGAGCCUGGGGUCUUUUGGUCAGGGAUGUAUUUUCAGUAAGUUAAAUGAGGUUGUAAAUCAGGUAGAUCUUUAUAAUUGCAGUUUAGUAAGCUGAAACAAGGUACAAGCAGGGAGAAAGAUACAGCCGCCCACUUGCACACUUGAUCACAAACAUGGGUGGAAUAACGCGUUGUGUAUAUAUACAUGCUCCUAGACUUACAAUGGGUCGGUGGGCUGAUAAACUCAUUGUAAAGUGAAAAUAUCAUAAAUUGAAAAUACAUUUAAUACACCCAGUCUACCAACCAUCAUAGCUUAGCCUGGUCUACUUUAAAUGUGCUUAGAACACUUAACAUUACCCUAUAGUUGGGCAAAAUAAUCUUAACACAAAGCCAAUUUUAUAAUAAAGUGUUGAAUAUCUCAUGUAAGACUGCUGUAUCACAUAUCACUAACCCAGGAAUGGAUAAAGUAUGGUUUUUACUGAAUGGUAUUGCUUUCACACCAUAAUAAAGUCAAACCAUUGUAAGCCAGGGACCGUCUGUGUAAAGAACUGCAAAUGUAGAGCUUUGAACACUGUUCUUCAGGGCAGCCGAGUGAGGUGGAUUGGUCAUCCAUGGGACCAUGUGCUGCUUGCGAAAUAAGUCAAUUCUUUCCCUUACUAGACAAGCUUCUCUGGGAUUUAUCAGAGCAUGGCUCUCCAGGAGGCCAUUUGCAGAGUUUGGCCAGAGUGACUAAAGGGCAUCAACUCCCAAUUUGCUCAUAAACUCCCUAAGGGGUUUUGUGACUCUUUGUCCACAACUGGAAUGGGUGGAGGAGAGAGUGACUAUCUUGGAUUGGUUGAAAAUACUUUCUUUCCUCUUGGAUUCCAGGAUUCCCUCUCCUUCUCAAUCAGAAAAUUUUAAAGUUUUCCCCAUCUCUGUAAAGUGUCUCUCUCUCUCUCUCUCUCUCUCUCUCUCUCUCUCUCUCUCUCUCUCUCUCUCUCCCCCUCUCCAUCCCCACCAGAUACCUCAGAACUUCGAGAACUCCCUUGCCAGCAAAACGUCUGCAGUUCCUUCUUCAGAGCCUCACACCAGCAAGGCAAGGAGCUGCUCUUCCAGCUGCUGCUGGGCACUGGGGCCCCAGAGUGCUCCCUCCCCAGCCCUGGACUGCUUCUGCUGCUGGGGCUGCCCAGGAAUACUUUCUCCAUUUCACUAUUUUUUUCUUUAAUUUUGAAAUUAUUUCAGACUUAGAGAAAAGCUCUAAGAAUAAUACCAAAAAUUCCCAUGCAUUGUUGCACAUGUUCACAUUUUAUCACAUCUGUUUUCUGCUCUGUUAUUCUGAAUCUCUCUCUCCCUUUGUUUCUCUCUUUCUCUCUCAUAUUUUUUUUCAGAAUCGUUUGAGAGUAAGUUGAAGACAUGUUGCACCUUAAAUAUUGCAGUGUUUUUUUACAAAGAUGCUCUCAUAUAUAGCCACAAUACAAAUUAUUAAAAUCAAGAUAUUAAUCUAUGCAUGUUGUUCAAAUUUUAAAUUUUGCCAGUUUAUACUGAUAUUAUUUCUAGAGGAAAAAAAAAAUCUCCUCCUCCAGGAUCACAUGCAGUAUGUAGUUACUAUGUCCCUGGAGCCUCCUUUAAUCUGGAAUAGUAUCUGGUUUUUUGUUUUGUUUUGCUUUGCUUUGUGUUUCCAUGAUUUUUGUAUUUUUGAAGUAUACAGGCCAUUUAUUUUGUACAGUAUGACUCAAUUUGGGCUUAUCUGAUGUUUCCUCAUGAUUAGAUUCAGGCUGUACAUUUUUUGGCAGGAGUACCAUAGAAAUGACCGUCCCCCCAGUGCAUCAGGAUCAUAUGAUAAUAUAUUUUUCUCAUCACUGGGUUAAGGUGGUACCUGCCAGUUUUCUUCACUGUGAAAUUACCAUUUUUCCAUUUGUAAUCAGUAAGUAUCUGGUGAGAAGAUACUUUGGGAUUAUAUAAAUAUCAAUUCUCCUAUAAUUUUCACAUUCUAGUUUUACCAUUCAUUUAUGGCUCUUAUCUAAAAUAAUUAUUACUAUGAUAAUUACCAAACGGUAAUUUUCUAAUUCCAUUCUUUCUAUAAUUUAUUAAUUGGCAUUCCAUAAAGAAGAGUUGUUUCUUCUUCCCCAUUUAUUUAAUUUUUUAAUAUAAUUAUGGGUUUUAAUUUUACUCUUUAGGUUAUAACUUGUUGUUACCAUGAUUGAUUUUGAUGUUGCCCAAACAUCAAAUUAUCCUGGAUUUAUUUAGCAGCAACUAUUUCAAGUGGGUUCUUGUGUCUUUUCCACAUGCUUCUGUCUUGUGGAUUCUUUCUUCCUUUCUGCCACAGGACUAUGGUCCAGGUUUAGCUUAUCCUUUUCUUAAGCCAGUCAUGGAAUCAUCCGUUUCUCCUAAGAGCCUUCAUUCCUUAGACUGGAGAACAGUAUUUAGGAACCAAGAUCUGGGCCAGGUGUGGUGGCUCAUGCCUAUAAUCCCAGCACUUUGGGAGGCCGAGGCAGGUAGAUCUUGGGAGACUGAG